AUGCAACUCUCAUCUUUCACCUCCUUCCUGGUUGUUUUCCAGGUGCAGCAUCGCAUCACAGGUCAGGUGAUGGCACUGAAAAUGAACACGCUGGCCAGCAACAAAGCUAACAUGCUACGAGAAGUGCAGCUCAUGAACAGACUUUGCCACCCCAACAUUCUCAGAUGUAACCUACUUACUGACUGUUUUACUGUGCAGAACUGUCUGGUUCGCUGUGACAACGGUGCGUUCACUGCUGUGGUGGGAGACUUCGGCCUGGCAGAGAAGAUCCCAGAUUACAGUGAUGGUGCAGAGAAGCAGCCUCUGGCCAUCGUGGGCUCUCCCUAUUGGAUGGCUCCUGAAGUUCUGAGAGGAGAGCUGUACGAUGAGAAGGUGGAUGUAUUUGCAUACGGCAUCAUCCUGUGUGAGAUCAUUGCCCGGAUUGAAGCUUAUCCUGAUUUCUUACCCAGGACAGAGAACUCCAACUGCGACAAGGCGCUUACCGGACAAAAUCACGAGGAGCUGAGGAUAGUGAUGGUGGGGAAGACUGGAGUUGGAAAGAGUGCCUCUGGAAACACCAUCCUGGGAAGAAAGUGCUUUGCAUCAAAGUUGAGUGCUAAGUCUAUGACUGUAGACUGUUCUAAGGACAGAGGUGAGGUGUUUGGACAACAGGUUGCUGUUAUUGACACCCCAGGCUUGUUUGACACCAGGUUUGGCAUGGAUAGAACAACUAAAGAUGUGACCCAGUGCAUCACUUAUGCUGCUCCUGGACCCCAUGUCUUCCUGGUGGUCAUCAGACUGGGAAGAUACACUGAAGAAGAAAUGAAGACGGUGCAGAAGAUUCAAGAAAUCUUUGGUCAGGCUGCAGACAGAUACAGCAUGGUGCUCUUUACUGGUGGUGAUCUUCUUAAAGGUACCCCUAUUGAAGAGUUCUUGGGUGAAAGUUCAGACAUACAGGAACUUAUAGCCAGAUGUAACGGCCAGUAUCAUGUCUUCAAUAAUCAGCUGAAAGAUGGAGCUCAGGUCACUGAGCUGCUCCAGAAGAUCAGAAACAUAGUCCAGAAGAACGGAGGAAACCACUACACCAACCAGAUGUUCCAAGACGCUGAGAGGGCAGUCGAAGAGGAGAAACAACGCAUCCUCUACGAAAAAGAAGAAGAAAUACGCAGAAAACAAGAAGAACUGGAGAGGAAAAUACAGGAAAAAUAUGAGAAACAGAUGGAGAGAAUGCAUGCCCGACUCCAGGCUGAGAGAGAGAGGGAGAUGAGAGAGAGAGAGGAGGAAAGAAGGAGGGAAAGGGAGGAGAGGGAAAGGGAGAGGGAGAGAGAGAGGCAGGAAAGAGAAGCCGCAAGGGAGAGAGAGAGAGAGGAGAGAGAGAGAGAAAUUGCAAAUAUGCAGAGACAUUUAGAGGAAGAACGUGAAAGAGAACUGGAAGAGGAAAGAGAAAGACUGAGAAGGCAAAGACAGCUGCAGGACAACAAUGAUUGUACAAUUCUCUGA